GAUCCAGGAGCCCAAUCAAGACCCCUGAUGGAUUUUAAACCCAGUUCAAGCUUCACCUUGUUUGGGAUUUGGGUGCUGGUAAGAUGGCAGAUCUCUGGCUACAGAAAGCUGUGGUGCUGGUAUGUGUAUGGGCUGUGAGUUACACGUUGUCCCAGCAUGACAAGCGUUGCAACAUGUCUGGCACGUGGGUGAAUGAACUCGGUUCUGUGCUUUCGCUCGUGGCGAAGGGUCCCCACCUCAGUGGCUCCCUGCAGUCUUCUGUGGAGACGUCACAAGGGGCUGCCGGGGAUGAGAAGAUGGGGAAAGUGGUGGGAGUCCUGGGAGAUGGAGAGCAGCCGACCUUCACCAUGUCGGUGAAAUGGAGCGCAGGUUCGGUCUCUACUUGGGCCGGCCAGUGCUUCUGGAGGACUAACUGCCCCGUGCUGAGGGCAAUAUGGCUGCUGAGAUCUGAGGUCAGCACUGAGGACAAGAAUUGGAAGGCGACCAGGAUUGGUGAAGACCUCUUCCGACCACAGAAGGCUUGUGACUCCGACCAGCUUCCCUAACAUAAAAUAAAGUCUUUACCAGCCAUUAAAGACUGGGGGUUGCUUUGUGACUGACUCCACACUAGUCAUGGGCUGUGUAUAUUAGGGGUGAAGUUUGGGAUUAGCUGAAGCCAUUGCUCAUUAAAGCCAAUGACCGUAACUCACCCCGGCAACAGGGAAGGUAUUUCCUUUGUGCUUAGAGAGCGAUCACCACUUUCCCUUUACAACAGGGACAGGAACUCAAACUUCUUUAUGUUCUCAUAAAGAGUGAAGUGGAUUGGUUGCUAUGGGUUACAGGGCUUCUGACCCCCAGAAUCUGCUAUAGUUUAAUGAAUCCAAGCAGUAGGUUUCUAUGGCCUGGGUUUAAGUGAUGGGGUUGGGUUUAGCAUGAAGUACAAGUAGUGCGGAAUGGGUUACGAGACCUUUAAAUGGAUGGCAGUCUCAGUUAAUUAGCGCUGAAACAUGAGCGCCCCACUCUCAUUAACAGGACAAAAAGCCCCUGAUUAAUUUAUAGCUUAUGUUUUGGGUGAUUGUUAUCUUGUUGCGCUGUGUUAUCUUUCCAGCUCAUCUUUCCUGCAUGGGGGAAAUCUGUAUGGGCAGUGGGGGGGUUUGGGGGUGUACCAGGCUGGGCCCAUUCAACCCCCAGGUAACGGAUUGGAUCUUAAUACCCUAUACAGACCUGCUGAGAGAAUGGGAUAUGCUGCCUAUAACUAAAAGCUGCUCUGUGAGACCAAAUUGGCAACUUAUCUGCCUGUGUAUGG